GCUAUAUAGGGACAAUGACUUUAUGAAACAUUUCAGUAUCUUUUUCAUUUGUAGUUUUGACAUUGAUGGUCAAUAUGUUAAGACUUCCAAUCAGGGCGUUCUCGUCUUUGCCUCAGUUACCAAAGACAAGUUUCGAACCAGGCCCUUAUCAGGGUCCCACUGCUGAAGAAAUAUCAUUUAUAAGACAGAGUAAUGUGACUCCUAUUCUCAAACCACUUUAUCAAAAGCCUUUGAUGUUGCAUCAAGGUCAUAUGCAAUGGUUGUAUGAUAACAAAGGUAAAAGGUAUUUGGAUAUGUUUGGAGGAAUUUGCACUGUAUCAGUAGGACAUUGCCACCCCAAAAUAACUGAAGCAGUUAUUAAUCAAUUCAAUAAAUUAGGGCACGUUUCAAGUUUAUAUCAUCAUCCCAAGUUAUUUGAAUAUUCGAAAAGAUUAGCCGAAAAAAUGCCUGGAGAUCUCAAGGUGGUUUACUUGCUGAACAGUGGAUCCGAAGCCAACGAUUUGGCAAUUCUUCUUGCUAGAUUAUACACAGGACAUACUGAAAUACUGUCGUUGAAAAACUGCUACCAUGGAAUGUCUUACCAAACCAUGGGGCUAACCUCUGUGGGCCAUUAUAAAUAUUCAGUAGCUCCACCAACUGGAUUUCAUACUGUUAUGAAUCCCGACGUUUUCAGGGGACCUUGGGGGGGCUCUAAGUGCAGGGAUAGCCCAUCGCAGACUUCAAGGGAAUGCUCCUGCGAGUCAGAAGAAUGUAAAGCUGGCCAUGAAUAUAUCUCAGUUCUGAAGAACGAGUUUAGGAGUGUGGUUCCAGCAGGAAAAUUAGCAGCGUUCUUUGCAGAAUCUAUCCAAGGCGUUGGGGGAACUGUACAGUUUCCUGAAAAUUACAUCAAGGAGGCUUAUAGGAUAGUGAAGGAGAAUAAUGGACUGUUUAUAUCGGACGAGGUCCAGACAGGAUUUGGCAGAACUGGAGAGCAUUUCUGGGGUUUCGAGGGCCAUGGUAUAAUUCCUGAUGUAGUUACAAUGGCGAAAGGAAUUGGCAAUGGUUUUCCACUUGCCGCAGUUGUAACAACAAAAGAAAUCUCGGAGGCACUGACAAAAGCAGCCCAUUUCAAUACUUUCGGAGGAGGACCUAUAGCAUCCACUAUCGGUUUGGCUGUUCUGGAUAUCAUUGAGGAAGAGAAACUCCAAGAAAAUAGCCUCUCUGUUGGUACUUAUCUACUCACAGAACUAGCCAAGAUGAAGGAACGUACUCCAUACAUUGGGGACGUGAGAGGCAAAGGCUUGAUGAUAGGAGUAGAAAUGGUGGAAAAUAAUAAGAAUCUUACGUCAAUUGCACCAGGCAAAUUCAGUAUAUUUCUGGAGAAAUGCAAGGAUAUGGGUCUCUUAGUGGGUGCAGGAGGUUACGAUAAAAAUGUUGUACGAAUAAAACCUCCGAUGUGUAUCACUAGAGAAGAUGCUGAUUUUACACUUUCAGUAAUGGAAAAAGCCUUGAAAUAUAUAGACUAAGGGAUGAUUUGCGGUUGUCGAAACUACUGAAAUUGAAUUUUAUAUCAUGCAGGAUUAGAAGUUACAGUUUGAUAUGAGCGAAGAAAAAUAAUUUCACAGUAAUUAUAACUAUUUAUAUGAUUCACAAAAUGGUCUUACAAGUACCUAAUUCUUAUUUGGGACUAGAAAUUGUAAAUAAUAACAUCAAAUAUUCAUAAUGAUACAAUCGAUUAAAUUUCGGAAAUCACAGUUA